AUUUAAACUGAACUACGUAAGCAUUUGGACUUGCAGUAUGAUGAAGCACCAUCUUAAAUCUUGCAGUCGAGACCUAACAGCAGCAAUGGGAAAGGAGGGACGUGGUAACUGGAAUAACUGGUUUGAAUUUAUUUUUUCCUGUAUUGGACUUACUGUUGGAUUAGGAAAUAUCUGGAGGUUUCCUUACAUCUGCUAUAAAAAUGGAGGAGGUGCUUUUCUGAUUCCUUAUUUCAUCUUCUUGUUCGUCAUCGGUCUACCGGAAGUGUUCUUGCAGUUCACGUAUGCGCAAUAUUCCAACUUGGGACCCGGCAAAAUAUGGGAAUGUUGCCCUCUCUUCAGAGGUAUUGGUUAUGGGAUGAUAACCCUUACAUGGCUGAUCGGGAUCUACUAUGGUGUGAUCAUAGCAUGGACCCUAUACUACUUCGGGAUGUCCUUCUCUUCCACUCUUCCUUGGGCAACGUGUAACAACACUUGGAAUACAGCAGCCUGCUUCAUCAGGGGAGAUAACUCGACACUUAACGGAACGAUUUUAAACCAGACCGUUGCGGUCGUUAGUAAUAACGGAACAAAUAUAACAGCAAGAACACCACCUGAGGAAUUUUGGGAACGUCAUGUGUUGGAACUUACCGACAGUAUUGAGGACCUGGGUUCAAUCCGAUGGCAGCUGGUGCUAUGUCUGCUAGCAACAUCCAUCACUGUCUUCCUUUGUCUAGCAAAGGGCAUUAAAUCUUCUGGCAAGGUGAUGUACGUCGCUGCCACUAUUCCAUAUCUGUUCCUGUUGACCCUUCUCAUCAGGGGCCUCUUCCUGCCCGGAGCGUUGGACGGACUCAAAUUCUAUCUUGUACCCAGAUGGGAGCGACUAUUGGAUUAUAACGUUUGGGUAGAUGCUGCGGUACAGACCUUUUUCUCUGCCAGUAUUGGAAUGGGAGCUCUUAUUGGUUUAGCAAGUUUCAACAAAUUCAGCAAUAAUCAUUACAGGGACGCAAUGAUAGUGCCAGUUCUGGACGCCGUUACUAGUAUGUUUGCUGGUUGUACUAUCUUCGUUACCCUGGGUUACAUGGCACAUGAAUCUGGUGUUGACAUUGAGAAAGUCGUAGAACAAGGUCCUGGUAUAGCGUUCAUGGUUUACCCAGAAGCCUUAUCUACUCUACCGCUUCCCCAAUUGUGGUCUGUCCUCUUCUUCAUUAUGCUGUUUACGGUCGGUUUGGAUAGUCAGAUUGUACAUAUACAAUUGGUGGCAGUUGGACUUAUGGACAGGUUUAAGAUAUUCAGAGACCACGAGACGCUCACUAUGGCUCUCCUUAACUUUCUCUCCUUCGCUAUUGGUCUCAUCUUUGUUACACAGGGUGGUAUGUACGUGCUACAAUUGGUUGAUUGGUAUGUGGCUAGUAUAUCAACCAUGUUCCUCGCUUUCCUGGAAGUUACCGUUCUAGCCUACUUCUAUGGUGUUAACCGCCUGUACAAGGACAUAGAAAUGAUGCUUGGUUACAAACCAUGUCCCGGUUGGAAGGCAUUCUGGUGUGUGAUUACCCCGAUUAUGGUCCUGGCCCUGUGGCUUGUCAGUGUUUCACAACAUGAAGCAGUUUCCUACGGUAAAAAUGCCUAUCCUGGUUGGUCUAUAGGUAUCGGAUGGAUGAUAGCAAUCGCCCCUCUAAUUCCCAUACCAAUUAGCGGCAUCUGGACUAUAUUGGACGGUGAAGGCUCCAUAAUGGAUCGAGUACGAGAGGCGUUGAAACCGACGGCUAAAUGGAAACCUGCGGAGGACUGCAGAGAUGAUUGGCAGUGCCAAAGACAGACAUUAACAGCAGACAUCGUUAUGCAACCAAUAUGAGACUUUUACUAGGAAAUGUUUGUAGAAUGUGAUUUCUCUCCUCUAUUUUCUGUGUUCAAAACAAAUAAGGGAACUUAAGAAAGGGAAGUUAUUUUUAAUUUGCAACAGCAAACGAACCAGAAGUAUGAUACAGAAAAGAGGUAUUAAUAUCCUAAACAAUACUUAAGUAUGUAAGAGAACGCCACUACGACAGGUCAACAUUACUAAGUUUUGUUAACCUUGUAAAAUAUGUUAACCAUCUAGAGGCUGUGAUCGACAAAAAUGAAACAGAGUUAAAAUCAAGAUACGUUUUGGUCCUAACAAUGUCAGAGCAAAAUUAUUUGUAGAUGGCAUUGGCGAACCGAAAAUCUGAAGAAAAAAAUUAAAUUAUUGUGGACAAUCGAUGUUACUUUCCAGUACACAGACAAUUUUUGUGUGUACGCAAUGUAUUAAGAUAGCGUGGUGUACAAUCAUACUCUUCAAUCAAACAGAUGUUUCCAAAUAGAUGCAACAAAGUUUGAUUAGUUAAACAAGAAUAUAAAGCGAUGACUUGUUACGAUACCUUAGGAUGAUCUGAAACGACACUUAGUAAACUCUGAUAUCGUACAUCACUGAGGUUGAUGUAUUCCAAGUGCAAUUUGGACCAGUAAUGGGGUAUGGCAUGAUGUGAUACAGGAGAAAUAUAUGAAAACCUUUAUCCUAACCAAUGAUAAAAUUUAUUAGGUUGAAUUCAGGUUUGUUAUCUUUAAAUUGUACACCAUAAUAAUGAUAUGAUUCUAUGAACGAAGAUCAGUAUGUGCUUUGAGCGGGUUUUCAAUUACAACUGAAUAGUUCCUCUGCCAAAUAUUAAAAUCGUUUAUGUUUAUGUAGCUAUUGUAAACGACGGAAAUCAGGGACACAUGUAGGUUGUAUUUAACAGUAUAUAUGAUUUUACAGAUCAUUUUUCAGUCGUUCUGAAAAUUUAAUUAAAAUAUUUCAAAUUGAUUUGAUUGUAUGACGACAUGGAAAGAAAGUAUCGUUACUGAAUCUCAUUUUUGAAUGAUGUUUAUGUCGACGGGUAAACAGAAUCUUGUUAACGAAUCUCAAUUUUAAGAAUGUUUGCUUGACAAAUAUAGUUAUUGUUAUAUAAAAAAGAAUACAUGGAUGCAUGCAUGAUACGUUUUGAACUAAAAUUUUAUGAUACGUUAAAUACCAAAGCUAUAUAAUAAAUUUUAGAAACCUUUUUAUCAUUUUUUAAAUAUAAGUAAAGCAACAUUUAAAUGAAGAAGUCAUCAAGCCAUGUAGUAUAAGUGUAAUAUUAUAUAAAGGUGGCUUUGUUAGAAAUUAAAGAGCUAAAUCGCGGGUUAGUAGAAAGAAUGUACCUUCUGUAGUUAAUAGGUAACAUAAUUUUAUAACAGCUCAAAUAAAAUGCUUUUGAAGAAAAUAUCUUAUAGGGAAUGGGCAGAGAGGGCGGCGAUGAGACGAUGGAGGAGAUAUAAAAAAAAAAUAUUAUAAGCAUCUUUCCGUCAAAAAUCUGUGACUCCUAAGUGUUAUUUAGUUAAAUAAUUCCAUUCAAAUGCAAAGAGUGUAUAGGAACCACGCUAAUAUAUCCACGUAGACGUGGAUUGAGUGUAUUUUGUGUGCGGGUGUGAAUUACAUGGUUGUAUAUGUCUCUAACUAUAUAUGUGUGUGAAUGUAUGAAUAGUGUUAUUAUUUUAAUGUUGUUUUCUGUAUUUAAUUUGUUCAAGUUUAAUUGUUCGAUUUAAUUUUUUUACUACAUCCCUUCAUGAGAUUUUCGAGUUCAAAUGAUACAUUGAAAAAGAAACUGUGAGAUUUUAUGUCUUGAAGAAGAAGACAUUUCAAAUCUACCAUAUCAUUACUCCUUCUGAUGGUCUUUUGCUUUACAAUAUUUCGAUCUAAUCAAUCCAUACAUGCAAGCUUUGAAAAAUAUUUGAAAACAAAAAAUUGAAAAUCUGAAAAAUAUGUGUAAGUUAAAAUACCAUAAAAGUUUAAGAUUGUCAUUUUUAACUGGAAAAUAUAUUCUAACUUUUGAGUAAUUUGUCGGGAAAGACCAUGAGUAAAUUAAAUUGUUCUUCGUGAAUCAAUAGCUUAAGUAAGUCAUUAAAGAUAAUAUUCACUUGAGAUAAUGUCUUUAAAUACAAUGUUAUUCAGUCACACAUUAUAAACACUGAAAUAUGGUGAUGAUAAGCUUAAAACGUGGUCGUCAAAACGUUUACAUUUCCUUCUUAUUAUUAAUUCACUGAUGCAAACCACACAAUUUUUGGGUAAAUAGGUAAUGUUGUAAGAGACACGUAUUUCGGAGGUCUUAUUUACCAUGCACAAUUUGCUGUUAUUAACAUGUUUUUAAUGAUACUGCUGCCAUUUAGUGCUAUUCCAACACCUUCGUGUUUUCACAUACAUUUAUUUUGUGUGUUAAUGUUUCACAAAGUGCUAUAUGAGGUGAUAUAUUGCCACCUAUUUUCCAGGGAAAUUAUAAAUUUACACGUGUUUAGGAUUAAUUUUAAUUAUUUCUUAUGUCAUCAAUCCAUACGACAAAAACGUUGUUAAAUCUAAAAAAUAUGCCAAUAGCACACUCUGAAUUUUUUUGUCUUAUGGACAUGUAACAUAAAAAUAGUAAAGUUAAUCCCUAUUAUCUAACCACAGAUUGUAAUAUUUUUGAGAUUUAUAAUGGAAUUUUUCAUUGAUAAUUACUCAAACUGCCAUACUUACCAAUCAAAACGUGGAAUUACAAAAUGACAUCGAUUUAUCUUUAUGUUUUUGUGUGAUAAUAUAAAAGAGGAUAAUAUAUGAACGUACUGGACAAAAUUUGUGCAUCAAAACGUGCUCUUGGUGGAUAAGAGUGUGGGAGUGUGUGCGCAUGUGGUCAGGUACGUUUUAUAUCUGUAAAACCAUUUUACAACUGACUAUCAAUUUAUUCAAAUUAGAAUCUCACUACCAUGUUCAUAAAAUGUCUUAUAUCAUAUAUCAAGCUUUUAAAAUUAGAUUUUGCUUUAUGAAAUUUUAAGUUUCAAACUUUCUCGUUUUUCUUUCGUAAUCGAAAUUCUUUUAGAACCAAACGUUAAUGUGUCAAAUCUCUUUAAUAAAAGGUGUCAUUUACUUAAUAUGUAAGAGCUAGUCUUAUAUAAUAUAUUUCAAACAGUGUAAAUUUAAAAUCGAUUAAAUGCUUCUCGUUUUCUGAUAUUAUUUAAGAGUUUUUGCCAUCAAUUGAAAUAUAAAAUUCUAUACCAGCCACACAUUUCCUCGAGUCUUUUGACAAACCACUUUUUGUUUACCUUUGAAGUGUGCUGUCUUAUAUUACGCUGCAUAUCCUAUAUUAUCAAAAUUACUUGACGUCGACUCUUCCUUAAAUCACGCUCGAGGUUAUCCUGUUUAUGAACUUUAAUUUGCUCUAUUCCAACAAAACGCUAGUCUUUAUAUGCACUGAUCUCAUUGUAUUAUUAAACGUGUAUCUGCCCUUUUGUAACUUUUAUCAGAAUGUUUUUUCCCAUUAUUUACAAAAGAUAUCUUUAUUGUGACUUACGAUUCUGGUCACAGGAUCAUGGGUCAAUGUAGACUUUUUGUCGAAAUAUUGAAUCUCUCAUUAUUCCGUGUCAAAUACCUACAACCGAGUCUUUACUGAUAUCAUUCUUGGCGUUUAACAAGUGCUAAUUAGAGUGAUGGGCGUUAUAGCAAUGUUUUAAAGAUAUUUUAUAUUUUAUUCCAAUCAGAGGGUAUUUUUGUAUAUUUAUAGAUUCAACCGUUAGUAUGAUAUCUUAAGAACUUAAGAUAGUAAUGUCAAAUAUUAGAAUAAUAGAAAUAGUGCAUUCAUACUAAGAAAAUAUUACAUAUAAUAAAUUUUGGUUCAGAAAUAGGGGAUUCCAAUAAAGAUAUAUUUACGAUCGAUGAUAUGUUUCAAUUGAAAAAAACCCAGUUCUUUUGAUGAAAAGACACACAUGUAUACUUUAAGAAUUUAAUCAAUCCAAUUUUCAGACCUUCCUUCCAGCCCAUACCGACUCUUUUAUAUAUCUUUGCCUGUCUUUCGUCUCUCUAUCUUUAAUUCAUAAAAUCAUUGUAUCCAAGUAAUGCUGAUUUUUUAAUUUCCUUACUAUAUUUUCUUGAUAUAGAUUUUUUUUCGAAUGUUUAAAACAAAAUUAAAAUGCGUAAAAAUCAGUCUCGAUCUACCACUUCCUUCAAAAAACUUAGAUUGGGGGAUAAGUACCAACUGACUUAAGUGUGUGCUGAUUUGUAGGGGAAAUGAUGUUUUGAUUUGACGAAAAACUCACUACUUUCAUUGCGUUAUCUUUGCUAAUUGUCAAUUAUUUAAAAGAAUAUUUAAUUAUUGAGAAGUUUCUUUUAAGUUUUAUUAUCGCUCAAAUAUUAGACACCUGUUAUACAUUUAAAAAAUGAAAUAAAAUGAAAUAAACUGA